CAUGCUGAAGUACAUCCUAAUAGUUUUCUCAGUGCUCAUAACUCUUGCUUUUACAGCAAGUCUCGGAGACUCCCUUUACUCGGACGAUGUAGAAAUACCUGCAUUUGUACAAACACUCAGAGAGCUUCACCGUGGACCACCACCAGGGCAGGUCGGCACCACGCGAGCAAAUGUAGAGACCCGCUGGAUCAGCCAGAAAUUGGACAACUUUAAUGUAUCAAAUGAGGAAGUGUGGUACGAUCUCACUGGUCUACACUGAACAUCGAUUCUUCGGAGAAAGCAUUCCAAUUAAACCCUUGUCAACUGCCAACCUCAAAUAUCAAAGUGUGGAACAAGCUUUGGCCGAUGUGGUUAAUGUUAUCAACGUUCUCAAAACGGAGGACAAGUACAAGGACUCGAAAGUAGUUAUAUCUGGUUGUUCUUACUCUGCAACUAUGGCGGUUUGGCUAAAGCUAUUGUACCCCGACGUAAUCGUGGGCAGUUGGGCGUCCAGUGCUCCAUUAGAGGCCAAAGUAGACUUUAAAGAUUAUAUGAAAGUUGUUGGCAAAGCAUACAGAGAACUGGGAGGAGACUAUUGCUACAACAUUAUCGAUAAUGCCACGUCCCAAUAUGAGCAAUUGUUUGCGAGCGGAAAUGGCACUGAGGCCAAGAAAAUUUUAAACCUUUGUGACGAUUUUGAUGAAAACGACGAGCAGGAUCAGUGGCAAAUAUUUAGCACGAUUGCAAAUGUUUUUGCUGGCAUUGCCCAGUACCAAAAGCCCGAAAACUACGACUUGGCCCAAUAUUGCUCCGUUCUUCGAAGCUUUGAUCCUGACGAUUCUGUGGCAGUAUCUAAAUUUGUACAGUGGCGUCUUAAUUAUCCAGCAUGCGUUAAUACGCGGUAUAAGGGAACUGUUGCCUAUUACAAAUGGUCAAUGGACAACUACGAUGGUUCUGGUCUUGCCUGGUUCUAUCAAACAUGCAGAGAAUUUGGCUGGUUUCAAUCCUCUGGGAGCACUAGUCAACCAUUCGGAUCUUCUUUCCCGGCCACUCUGUACACCGACACCUGUCACGAUGUUUUCGGCUCAGGUUACUCGUCAGCGAGAAUCGAAAGGUAUAUCAGGGCCACAAACAAGAAGUAUGGCGGUGUGAAUCCGGCUGUCGAGAACGUUUACAUGACUCAGGGUGGAUUGGAUCCAUGGAGCAAAGUUGGUGCUGGCCUGGCACAAAACGCCACUAUUAUUCCCCAAGCCUCACACUGUUCCGACUCGGGUUCAAUCAGUGCCACGGACAGUCCUGGACUUCGCGCCGCCAAGGAGCGAUUGGCUAAACUAGUUCGCGAUUGGCUUGCUUAACUCUAUAUAUUUUAAAUUUUUCAUUACAUUAAUUGUUAUAUACAUAUAUAUAUAUAUAUAUAUU